AUGAAUGCCAAUUCAUCAUCUGGGGCCAAAAAAGCAACGAACAGAACUGUUUCAAGCGUGAUCACACGCUCUAGGACCAGUAACAUGAAAAAGAAGACAGUUACAGCCAUUAACAGUAAUGAAGGGUCAUAUGCAAACUGUAAUGCUGAGCCAAACAUGAUUAGUAAUGUUGAAAUUGAAGGUAAUGCGACUAGUAACGUCGAAAUUGAAAGUAGUGCAAAAAAGCCUUUUUUAAGGAGUAAUAAGUGGCUUAGGUAUACAAAACCUACCUUGGAGGAAAUUGAAACUGUUCGUGGAAACUCAAGGGUAAUUUCAACACAUAAGGCAACAGAAGUUUGGGUUAAAGCUCUUGAAGAGUUUCAUUCCGACAUCGGCUAUAAGGGUAAAAUCGAAGAAAUAGAUUCGAAAGAGGUCCUCGAAAACCAGCUAUCAAGGUUCGUCGUGGCUAUGAAACGAAAGGAUGGUGGUGAAUACCAUUUCUCUUCAAUUCGGAACUGUAUGGCUGCGAUCUGGUGGCACCUAAACCAACACUCUGUGAUGCCGAAGCCUGUGGAGAUUCUUAACUCGAAAGUCUAUUUUGAUUUGAAUGUCAUC